GAAAGAGAAAGAGAAACAGAGGUGAGUAAAAUAGGUAGUGUUGUUGGUGGCGGUAGUGAGCAGUGAAGUGAGGAAAUGGCUAUGAUUUCGUGUCAAUGUUACCGUUCCGUUGGAUCAGACAAACCCUACCUCUUCGGCGGCCAGAAUCUCCGCCGUCGCGCUCCUCUCCUUCCCAUUUCCGUUUCAUUCCGUCGCAAAAUAUCGUGCAUCGCCUCUUCCGCCGUUGCUCAGAAAGUUGGGCAGAAAGAUUUUCUUCACUUGGAUGAUUUUGAUAAGGACACUAUUUUGAAGAUGUUGGAACGAGCCAUUGCGGUCAAGGCAUUGCUGAAGUCAGGGGACAGGACAUUUCGCCCUUUUGAAGGGAAGACUAUGGCGAUGAUUUUUACAAAGCCGUCCAUGAGGACACGGGUUUCGUUCGAGACAGGCUUUUCAUUGUUAGGUGGCCAUGCUAUAUAUUUAGGACCUGAUGAUAUCCAAAUGGGAAAGCGAGAGGAGACUCGGGAUGUUGCUCGUGUUCUGUCUCGCUAUAAUGACAUCAUCAUGGCACGCGUUUUUGCUCAUCAGGACAUACUUGAUCUUGCAAAAUAUGCAACUGUGCCAGUCAUCAAUGGAUUGACAGACUACAACCAUCCGUGCCAGAUAAUGGCUGAUGCCCUUACUAUGAUUGAACACAUUGGUCGGUUUGAAGGUACCAAGGUUGUAUAUGUUGGAGAUGGAAAUAAUAUUGUUCACUCAUGGUUGUUGAUGGCAUCCAUAAUUCCAUUUCACUUCGUUUGUGCGUGUCCAAAUGGAUUUGAACCUGAUGGAAAAACAGUUGAGAAAGCAAGGAAGGCUGGAAUCAGCAAGAUUGAAAUAACUAAUGAUCCCAAAGAAGCUGUUAAAGGAGCUGAUGUCGUGUAUUCAGAUGUCUGGGCCAGCAUGGGGCAAAAAGAAGAGGCUGCAUACCGCCGCCAAGUGUUUAAAGGAUUUCAGGUGGACCAAGAUCUUAUGCAUAUGGCUGGUUCAAAGGCUUUUUUCAUGCAUUGCUUACCAGCAGAGAGAGGGGUGGAGGUGACUGAUGAAGUUGUUGAAGCUCCAUAUUCUAUAGUCUUCCCACAAGCUGAAAAUCGAAUGCAUGCACAGAAUGCUAUAAUGCUCCAUGUACUUGGCAAGUAGAUGGUUGGAUGAUCGUCUGAGGUUGAGCGAUAUUAGUGUAGACUCGCAAUAGCUGGUUAGGCCGUCAGCCAGUGUACACUUGCAGCAGUUAGUUGCUUUUUGGCUUUCAGCAGUAUGUUCGAUUGAUUGAGUUGGAAUUUUGAGUUGCGUCUGUAGUAUUACUAGCCAUAGAAGAACAGCAGAAUCGUAUAAAAUGCUGGUAUCAAAUUUCCUUUUCCUCCUUUACACUAUCGCUGCGUCUCUCGUUUUGAUUUGGGCUUUGGCUUCUCUAAGUGAGAGGGUGAAUUAGAAUAAAGUGUAAUUAUAACUGGUGAUUAAAAAAUUCAAGGAUGAAAUUGGUAUAAAAUAUAGCCAUGUGUAUAGCAAAAUAUGAAGUAACUUCAUCUGUUGAUUUGCUAAUCAGCAAUUAUAAUUUUAU